CAAAAAAAGAUUGCAGCACCACAAUUUCGCAUAUGGUCUCCCACUACACUACUCAGUGUGGCCCUAUGCAGCUUAACUAACGUUGAUCGGACGGGAAACAGUGCUUCCUGCAUGGUAUGGCCGCAACCUUUUUGCUGUUAUGAUACGACAUGA